AUUGAAGUUAGAGAACGUAUUUUUGUCGAAAACAUGUUUUCUCAUGAUAAACAAGUAUUAUAUUACUAAUAGACAUAAAAAAUCAAUUCACAAUGAAGGGGAGAAAGCUGAGUAAAUGUUUGGAAAGUUUGAAAGAGGCGAAAACCGACAAUGAACGCUUUGCAGCUCUUAUGCUGGUUGCUAAGGUGCUGAAAGCAAGUGAUGUCACCCAGGACGAGCGAAGGGAGAUAUUCCAGUCAGUUGGCUUUAACUUUAUCAAUAGACUGCUCCGCUCAGAAGCAGUACCUGAAGGAUGUUGUAAGCUUGCUUUCAAAGAAAUCGCCAUGGUGAUACUUGGUUGCUAUGCUACUGAUACUGUCAUGCUGACUUCGACAGACAUGAUGAGAAAUCUACAAGUCUUCAACGAUUUACUCCUUAUUGCCCCAAGCUCCACAGAGAUGGACGAUGAAGACACACCUUCUAAAGUUUCAAUUACAGAUGACUGUCUUCAGAUUAUCGCAGCGAUGGUUGAUAUACCAGAGACUCGAGAAGACCUGAUUGAUCAGAAAACUGUCACAUGUCUAUGUCACAUGUUCAUUGAAAAGAAAUAUGGCUGUGAGAGAUCAUUUGCCAUCUUAUUGGCAAUGCUACAUUACAAUAAAGCUGGGACCUGGCGAGGGAAUAAGGAGGGGCUCAAUUCCUUGUUGGAUCACUUAGCAACACAAUUUGAUAAUGCUAAGGAUUCUAGCAAGUUUGAACUGUGUUCCACACUAUGUACAAUUGUGGUAUCCAUUGACAAGUCAACAGUUGAUAUGAACAAGGCAGAUGUAAAUAAAACAGAUAUGAACAAACUAACUUUCCCAUCCUGGAGCAUUACUAUGAGAAAAUCAUUGAAAGACAUUUUAGGCAGUAAAAUCACACAAGGUAUGAGAAGCCCAGCCAUUCAGCUAGCAUCUCUAUUGGUGGAUAAUCUUGGUGUUGAGUGGGCGUUCGAUUUUCAAGACACUGAUCAGAAUGAACUUCCAUCCCCAAAGUUCUUGCUGAUGGUAGUUCACCUAGUGUGUAUUGAGGUCAGGAUGCUUCUUGAGAAUGAAGACUGGACAAAGAUUCUAGAACAUUCUCCACUUCUAUCAGGCUGCUAUAGUCUUCUUGAGAGGAUUAUUGGCUAUAUGACUACAGGACCCACCAUGUUGCUGGAAGAGAAGACACUUAUGCAGUUACAUUCUGCUAUGUUAGGGGCCUUUAAUGCUGUCACAUGUUUCCUAAUGGAUGUCGCAAGUGACGAUUCGGGAAAGAAGAAUUGCCAUCCAGUGACAUAUGCCUCCAUAAGGGUACUUGGAUCAUGGAUGGCUGAGGAAACAUUGGCGCUAAAUAAAGAAAUCAACAAACUUAUACCAUUCCUUAUACGGGCAAGUAAAGAGCAGUUCUAUAAAGCUAUGAAGAAGACAGAAAAUGCUGAUUUGUCAUUAAAUAAACUGGCUAUUGACGAUCCAUUGAAUAAUAUGGGUGAAGCAACACCCAGCAAAUCUCCCUCAAAUGUGAACGACAACAUGGCUGGACAAUCAAAUGAAUCUUCCACCGAUACAGAAACCAAAAAAACGGGGAAAGAUCAUAAUGGAACAGCAGAUCACACAUCUAGUGAUUCAACCGGAAAAUCAAUUGAAAAAACUGACUCUAAGAAUGCAAGUAAAAAAGUCACUUUUGGAGAAGUAAAAAAGGAAGCAUUCAAUACACAGAUGGAUCAAGGGACAAUUAUCCUCCUAUUUUUACUCCCUGGAUUUUGCCAUUUAUCUGUGGAGGAUAAAAGUCGAGGACUGCUCCUUGAGAAUAAUUUUCAUGAGUUGCUAUGGGAAUAUUUUCAAUUCCAAUGGGAAUCAUUCACGCAGGAACACAAAGAUUUGACUGUUACUAUGGAAACCAGUGCUGAGGAAAGUUUAGUUACCAUGACAACAGCUUGUGGCAUAUACCUCAAUUUGACUGUACUUGAGUCAGGGAUGGUUACCAAGGAUACCACCUUUAAAGAACUGCUGCAUUUCAUCAUGAAGAACAUGCCAAGCCUAGUGAACAUCGAGCCACUGUUGGUGUUCAGUGGGAAUCUGACAGUAUUGGGGCUCAUGCUACUGAGGCAUCAGACAACUUCAUCACGUAGUCAAGAAAUUGACCAAUCAAAACAAUCCAAAUUCUUCACUGCCGCUGUUCACUUUCUCAGCCGCGCCCAUGUGAUGGAGAAAUCAAAACGAGGCUGCGUUAUAGUGUUAUCUGAGCCUUACAGAGAAUCCUGGUCAGAUUUAGCAGAGCUCUGGCAUCUAGGAAUGCAAGUGCUAUGCGCAAGUAUUCCUAGCUUCCCAGUACUACAAGGGACUAUAUUACGUAGUGGAUGGAUACCAUGCGUGCUCAAGUUGCUUAGUGAUGAUAAGCUAUUCUCUAUGGAUGAGGAAACAAAGAUGGCGUAUGAAUCAAUGCUAACACAGAUUGUUAAGUGGAGCUCUUCGGGAAAGAAGAUAGUGACUGAGAAAGGUGGAAAACAGAUUGCAUCCUCUCACAAAAUGGUAGACCUUCUGAGUAUAUUGCAGUGA